UUGGGGAAUUACUAGCUCCACCACCUGACCCGCCCCCAGCCCACCUCCUCGCGAUGACGCACUUGUUGGCAUUGCUGUUCGCUCUGGUGGCGGCCCAGCAGGUCGUGUCUGGCGAGGAUCUGGGGACCAUCAUCUUCUCCAGUGUGCUCUACCGCCAUGGAGAUAGAGCGCCCGCUACUGACUACCCCAACGACCCGUACAAUGAUGUGGCGCAGUAUUGGCCUAGAGGGUAUGGCCAGCUCUCUGAGAUCGGCGAAGAGCAGCACUACAGGCUGGGCUCGUACCUCAGACAGAGAUACUCUGACCUGCUGCCUCUGACUUACAACUACAAUGACACCUACAUCAGGAGCACGGAUGUGGACCGUACCCUGGUGAGCGCCCGUUGUAAUCUGGAGGGACUGUACCCGCCGACAGAGAGGACCUUGAGCCAGCCCAGCAUCAAGUUCCAGGCCAUCCCCAUACACACCGAGACUUCGUCGAAUGAUGAUCUCCUGCUGUCGACUUCAUCCUGUGCCAAAUACACGACCAUCCUCUCAUACCUGGAAGAAUCCUACGAAUACCAGUGCGUCAUGAACGAGACAGCGCAGAUUCAGGAGGAAGUUGCAGCCUUUGCCGGGUACUCGUCAUUUACGUCUUACAUCUACGACAUCCUCUUCAUCGAGGAGCUGUAUAAUAUGACACUGCCAGACUGGGUGUGGCCUUACUAUCCGAACCCACUGAAGAACCUGUACUUGCUACAACAGUUUAUUACAUCAGCAGGAACAACUGAACUUCAGAGGUUGUCCGCAGGUCCGAUGCUUAAGGAGAUCAUCGAGAACAUGCAGGCAAAGGUGAAUGCCACGCUCAGUCCAGACCGCAGCCUCUACGUCUACUCGGCCCACGACUCAAACGUAGUCAACACUCUGCAGGCCUUGAAAGUCUUCAAUGGCAUCCUGGUCCCUUACGCAAGUGCGGUUAUCAUAGAACUACGAGAGUUGAACAGCAGUAACUACGUGACGGUGUCGUACAAGAACAGCACGGAGACGGAGCCGUACCUCCUGCAGCUGCCGGGAUGCGACUCCCUGUGCCCUCUGGACCAGUUCGUGGAGCUGACCAAGGAGGUCAUCCCCGACGACCUGGACACCGAGUGCGCCGAGGAAGUGACGGCAGGGACGGAGUACCUCUUCCAGGUCCCCGCCGCCGCUAUCCUGCCGGAGUGGGAGCACUGCUUCCAGAAGCCCAAGUCCGACAACGGCCUGUUCCACUUCCUUUCGUUUCAAACUUCCAGCAAGUAGACGACUAACAGCCAAUCACAAAACUAAUAUUGUUGAGAAUGUCUGCUCUCUGAAUAAAGCAUUUUGAAAAUUAAAA